UUUUGGUUUUGCAUGUCCUCCUCAACAUUUUGUAACUCUGGAAAAAAAAAAGCAGCACAGCGGCAACUUUAAGCCACCUCGCGACCACCACCACCACCCCCCUCCCUGGGUGUCAGAAAACGACCAGUGCCCCCCACACCCUCCCACACUUAAAAAUAAAAUUGAGGCAAAAAAGUGAAGCAACACGAGGGUGAACGCCGGCACAGGCGACACCUUGAGACGUUUUUUUUUUCUUCUUCUUCUCCUCCUUUAAUUUCUUCAGAGACUGAAAGUGAAAAAGUUCCCCACCUGAGGGCGAAGCUGACUCGGAGGAGGCGAAGCGAGCAGCCGCGGGAGCAGCGAGACAACAUGCACAAAUGUCAGAAGAGGCAGAAGUGGAUGUGAGACACGGAGACACCCAGAGAGACAAAGAGCGAGAGAGGGCAAGAGACUUGACUUUAAGAGACAAGAGCGCUGACAACUCCAUGCAGUUCGGGACCAGAAGCACAAGCACUGAGCCUGGCUUCAUGGGGACAUGGCAGAACAGUGACAGUAACCUGCUCUUCAGAAUGUCCCAACAGGCCAUUCGCUGCACACUGGUUAACUGCACUUGUGAAUGUUUCCAGCCAGGGAAAAUCAACCUGCGCACUUGUGACCAGUGCAAACAUGGCUGGGUGGCUCAUGCCCUGGACAAACUCAGUACCCAACACCUCUACCACCCAACGCAGGUGGAGAUUGUGCAGUCCAAUGUGGUGUUCGACAUCAGUAGCCUGAUGCUUUAUGGUACGCAGGCAGUGCCGGUGCGCCUCAAGAUUCUCUUGGACCGUCUCUUCAGUGUUCUCAAACAGGAGGAGGUGCUGCACAUACUGCAUGGCCUGGGCUGGACACUACGUGACUACGUCAGGGGAUACAUCCUACAGGAUGCUGCAGGCAAGGUGCUGGACCGCUGGGCCAUCAUGUCUCGGGAAGAAGAAAUCAUUACCCUCCAGCAGUUCCUGAGGUUCGGCGAAACCAAAUCUAUCGUGGAGCUUAUGGCAAUUCAGGAGAAAGAAGGCCAGGCGGUGAUAGUGCCCUCCUCAAAAGCCGACUCUGACAUCAGGACUUUCAUUGAAAGCAACAACCGCACCCGAAGCCCCAGCUUGUUGUCCCACUUGGAAAACAGCAACCCCUCCAGCAUUCACCAUUUUGAAAACAUCCCAAACAGUCUGGCUUUCCUCCUCCCUUUCCAGUAUAUCAACCCUGUUUCUGCCCCGUUGCUUGGGCUGCCCCCCAAUGGCCUGAUGCUUGAGCAGCCAGGGCUCAGACUGCGGGAACCCAACUUGCCAGCCCAAAGUGAAGCCAAUGAAAGCAGUGAAUCAGAAGUGUCAGUGUCCCCCUUUCGAAGUGGCCAAAGCCCCAACCGCAGUGCUCUGAGUAAUGUAAGUAAUGUGAUGGAGCCCAAGUCGGAGCCCAAUAAUAUCUCCUCCAUGUCACCGACAUCGCCGCCGCCCCAGCAAUCAAGUAACAGUCUUAACGACCACCAUCUGGUGAAAACAGAGCAGUCAAAAAGCAUUUCUUCAUCUUUUUCCUCCAAAAUCCACCGCAUGCGUCGAAUGGGCUCCACGUCUCGUAAAGGGAGAGUGUGCUGCAACGCCUGUGGGAAAACCUUCUAUGAUAAAGGUACACUGAAGAUCCACUACAAUGCGGUCCACCUAAAGAUCAAACACCGAUGCACCAUUGAGGGCUGCAAUAUGGUCUUCAGCUCUUUGCGUAGUCGCAACCGCCAUAGCGCCAACCCCAAUCCACGCUUACAUAUGCCAAUGUUGAGGAAUAACCGGGACAAGGACCUUAUCCGUGCCAGUUCUGGGUCCAGCACCCCAGUCAUUUCUAGUACCAAGAGCAGCUUGACCCUUACCAGUCCUGGUCGGCCCCCAAUGGGUUUUACCACCCCUCCACUAGACCCGGUCCUUCAGUCUCCCCUGCAGAGCCCUAUAGUCUUCUCUUCUUUGAAAACGGUUCAGCCUGUCCCUCCAUUUUACAGAAGCCUUUUGUCACCAGGAGAGAUGGUCAGCCCUCCUGUGUCCUUGCCAACUAGUCCUGUAAUGCCCAGCUCGACCACUUCCACUGCAAGUAAUGUGCUGUUAGAUCAGCAACCACAAGUCCCAAGUUCAACUCACCCAAUUCUCCUCUCCGAAGCCACAUCUACAGCCCAUAGUCUGGUGCUCCAAAACAAUUAUGACACAUCCAUCAUUGACCCCACACCCAAGAAAAAACCCAGAAAAUCUAGUAUGCCAGUUAAGAUUGAAAAGGAAAUUAUUAAUGUGGCAGAAGACUUUGACGAAGAAGAUGAUGAGGGGAUGGAAAAUGAAGGCAUGAUCAAUAACAACUCAGACUGUCCCCAUCUUCUGCACAAUCAUCACAACCAUCACCACCCUCACUCAAUUAACAACAAUCAUUGCCAACAUUCCUCUCAGGAUGAAAUGAGUCCCAGCCAGGCUUUGAAAAGCAUGCUUCGUCAGGAUCAGGAUGACAGGCGGAGCACUGGAGGGGGUUCCGAAAUGCCUUGCAUGGGGAGCUUCACUUCAGAGGAGCAGGACCACGAUAAGGACUUUGAGAAUGAUUCAGAAGCCUCAGAGACCAAAAUGUGCUGUGGAGAUCCUGAUUCCAUGGAGUCAGAAGACUUGCAGCGCCAUCACCAUCACCACCAUCACCACCACCAUCACAGUCAGCAGUUGAGUGGUAAAGACAGAAUGGAGAGGGAGCAACUAGAGCAAGAGGAGGAGGACAACCAUUUGAGGGAAAAACUAGAGGAUAAGCAUGAGUCCUUGCCCUCGCCACAUCAGCCAGUCAUCAAGAUUAAAGAAGAGCUCACCGACCCUACUUAUGACAUGUUUUACAUGAGCCAGUAUGGCCUUUACAAUGGAGGAGCUGUUGCAGCCGCAGCUAGCAUGGCUGCUUUACAUGAGUCCUUUGUCUCGUCCAUGGGCUUUGGUGGCAGUACACAAAAAUAUUCCUCCCCUGAAGGUGACCUCUGUUCCAGUCCCGACCCCAAGAUCUGCUACGUGUGCAAGAAGAGUUUCAAAAGCUCGUACAGCGUUAAACUCCACUACAAAAAUGUGCACCUGAAGGAGAUGCACGUCUGCACGGUGGCAGGCUGCAAUGCUGCUUUUCCAUCGAGAAGAAGUCGGGACAGGCACAGCGCUAAUAUCAACCUUCACCGCAAGUUGUUGACCAAAGAAUUGGAUGAGAUGGGUCUUGAAACUCACCACACUCCUCUUCCCCGAGAACUACGUGAUGAGUUCCUGGCCAAAAUAUACGGCGGACAUCCAUUAGGGUUCGAUGGUAGCUUAGGGCGAGAUGAAUCCAAUUCACCGGCUAUCCCAGAGUACUUGCAGACCAAUGGCUACUACAGGGGACCUCCCGAAGACUGCAUGGUUUUGGACCUCAGUACAACCUCCAGCAUCCAGUCUAGCAGUAGUAUCCAUUCAUCCCGAGAAUCUGAUGAAGGCAGUGAUGAAGGAAUCCUGCUUGAUGACACUGACGGGGCUAGCGACUGCGAGGAUUUCUCCUAUAAAUCUGACGGGCUGACCCAGAUGGGUGUGUCAGGAAUGGUCGGUCAGGAUGGCCUUCUUGAAGCAUCUUCCACUAUGCUACAUUCUGGCUCUGUUGGCAGCGGUGGAAUCAUGUGCAACAUCUGCCACAAAAUGUACAGCAACAAGGGGACCCUGCGAGUGCAUUACAAAACCGUUCACCUGCGCGAGAUGCACAAGUGCAAAGUGCCCGGCUGUAAUAUGAUGUUCUCAUCGGUGCGCAGCCGUAAUCGGCACAGCCAGAACCCUAACCUUCACAAACAUGUUCCUUUUACCUCUGUUGUAGAGUAGCCAAUGCAUAUCUUAUAACCCUGGCCCAUCACUCCUGAAACCCAGACCACAAACUCAAUGUGAUGCCAACUUGUGUAAGGCUGAUUGACUUCUUCCGAAUUUGGCAUUUUUUAUAAUGAUUAAUUGAAAACAUAACAGAAAAAUGAAAGAGACAAAAGUGCUAUUGCAUCAUUAUUUUCUUAUUUUUUAUUUUAUUUUUUUUGUUUUGUUUUGUUUGUUUUUGCUUUUUUUUUUUUUUUUUUUUUUUUUUGACUUCUUUCGGACAAGUGGGAUGUGACUCUCUGAGCACCCAAUGCCCAACAGACUCGACCAUUUCCACCCAGGAUGCUCUCUUGCUGUUACUCAUCUCCAAAGAAACUCUUUGAGAUACUAUUUGUGACUGUUGCCUGCAGAAAUAAUAAACUAAAAAAUUACCUUCUUGAUGUCUUUGUGUACUAAUAACUUUGAAAAGAACCUUUAUCAAAGCAUGACAGCUUCAUUUGUAAAUACGAUGCCCGUCGAGGCUUAUGAUGUAAAACAAUUGUAUUGAUGGUGGUUAGCUUUCUCUUUUAUUUUACGGUACUUCCAGCUGUUAGGUAGAUAGAUAAGGAAGAGGUAGCUCGCUGGCUAGUUCGGUUCAUUUAUGUUUGCGUUAAUACGCAUUAUAAACUGAAACACAAGUCUUGUUUUAAGUACCUGCUAGAUAUACUGUAGCAAUGCGAGGGGGCACCGGCAUGCGUAGGGCGCCCAGUCAGAUAGUUUGGUUUGUUUGUUUUGUUUCUUUAGUUUUACCUUUUUUUUUGUCUCAUAUUACUACAUACACCCAGUCAUGCACUUUUAAAAACACUUCGUUAGGGAAUGUGUAAUAUUCCGUAUGUUAUUCACACUACCGUAACCCAGCAAAACAUUGGAGAUUUUUUUUGUUAUUUUUGUUUGAUCAGCGUAGUGUUCUCAUUGGCCUAUGGCUUUGAUGCCAUGGAAUCUUUAAGUAUUAUACAAACUUAUGAGUAUUAACGAACAGGAAAAAAGCCUGUAGCUAUAAUGGGAUGGUGGAUUCGCACAUGAAAUGAAAUGUUUGCUUUCAUAAGCAUCUAUAAAUAUGAUUAUGUUCAAAGCAUUCUAUGGUGUUUUGUUUAAAAAAAAAAAACCUCUUCACACAAAAGAUGAAAUACUCGACUUUUGUACUUUCCGAGAAAUGCUGUUAUGUGUAGCUAUGAUUCAGAAAAAUUCCGUUUCUUGAACUUUAAAUUUUAAUGUUGUAUUAUCCCAGAGUCCGAUCAUUUCAAUGUAUUUUCAAACUCUACAGUGAAAAGCAGUAUUUAAACAAGUAUUGCAUGAGAGUGUUGGUAAAAUCAACAACGAUUAACUACCUAAAUGUGUUAUGCUCAAAAAACGAAUCUUGAGAGCCAGAUGGAACACUGCAUCGUAUCGGUGUGGGCCAUCGAAAGUCUUAAAACAGCACUUUUUUGUGACAGAGUCUUAAUUCUUAGUCAUUCAUGAAAUUCUCAUCUAAGAUGUGGCAACUGUGAAGCAAGAUGUAUUAAAUAAAUAAUAUUAAUUGUAGUGAAAUAGUAAUGAAUCGAGGAACAUUCCAGAUAUUAAAGGAAGAAGCCACAGUGUUACCGUCAUCCUGUCAGAUAUUGCGCCGUUUUUGCAUGAGGUUCAGUAUUCGUGGCUCCCUUGUCCUUGUUCAUUUUUGUUUCUGUCAUUUGAUGGACAGCUGAAGUUAUUAAUAUGUGUGAACUCUAAGCAAUGUAUUUCUUGAAUAGAACUGAAAACUUUUUUGCUAUGAAAUGUCAUUUUUGUUUUCAGCAGAGCCCAAUAGGCAACAAGAGUAAGCUAAUGGCCUCUGCUUAUGAUGUAACCAUGUGCAAGUGCCAACUUUCUUUCUGUGAGAUGCCUUGAUCAUGAGUUAUGAAAUGGCACAGUAUGCCGUGAUGCCACCGUAGCUAGCAAACUGUACACAAAUGUCGAAAUGAAUAGCAUAGUAGCCUGUCAAGGAGGAUAAAUGGAAGUAAGUUGAGGUGGAAGGUAAUCAGUGAUAAGCUGUGCACAAAAGAGAGAGGACUCAGAAAUGAGGCACCCAAUACUUUAAGAUGAACAAAGGAAGUUGUUAAUACAAAAUAGAAGGAAUUGUGAGUAAUUAGAGGAAGUGCUGUGUUCUCAAAACGCAAUAGAAAAUUGUGGGGGUAGUGUAAUAUCUACAUUUAAAUAUUGCUAAGACUUCGUUGAUACAGGAUAAUCUCACCCAGAUCGAAAGUCAUUUGCACACGGGAAAAGUCAAAAGCAUUGCACAAUAUUUUGUGAGUACAAAAACAAUCCUGUGAAAAUGUUUUGUCAAAACACAAGGAUAAAACAUUCUGAACAUGAGAUUGUAAGUCAUGAUAAAUAAUUGGUGUUCUCAAGACAGAAAUUCAAGAGAGUGAUCCGGUCAGUUGUGGCCGUGAGACCACACUAGUAAGUCGUGCUUAUGAGAUCCUGUAGUAACUUUGAUUUUUUUUUUCUCCCAUUUCCCCUCCCUUCCUCUAAUCCCAGGUGUUUAUUUAAUUCUGACAGCUUACUGUUUGGGUCACGUGACCUGAAUCAUUUGUCUUAAGGCUACAGGCCGGUAAGUGUUAAAUCUCAUGAUAAAUCAUUUCAUCUGUGAUGUCCUCUUACAGACUCUGUGCUUCUCUUCCUGAGUUAGUUUAAAAAUAAAUACUUUCUGCUUUGUUUGUUUUGUUUUCCAUUUAUGGUUUUGGAAAGCA